AUGUUACGAUUUAUUGGAAUAAAAAUAAAUAAUGCAUAAACUUUAAUUCAAGGUACUAUAGCGUAUAAUCAAUCAAUUGUGUCUCAGAUUCCAAUACCCAAUUUGUUAAUCGUGACAGCACAUCAAAUUGUUUAGAAGCGUAACAAUAAACUGUAAAAAUUACAAAAAUUACCUGUUAACAACGUGGCAGCCACCAAUAAUUAUAGAAUAUUAUUCAAUACUACUUAAAAUAUUGAGUAUUUCUGUUAUUUUUAAUAGUUUAUCAUCUGAAAUUGAAGAAUAUGAAAAUAAAAUAAUAAGUUGGGAAACUUCAGAACAUAAUAUUUAUACUAAUUCUAAUGUAUCUUCUUAAAAAAUGAAACCAGUUAUAAAAAGAUAAAUGAACUAUCUUAACACAUCCAAUUCUAUCAAUUAGUUAUAUUAUUAAUAAAAUGAUAAAGAUAUUUCUAUGAUAAUAAAAGAUAUAAAUAAAUUUACAAAUCGAUAAUUGAUGAAAUUAUCACCAAAGAAAAUGUUAAUUAAUAAAUAAAAUGAUAAAAUUAAUGGAAAUUAAUUUAAUAAUAAAAAUGUUAUCAUACCAAAAUUAUUAAUACCCUAAAUUUCUCAUAAUAAAAUCAAUUUUCAACAAUUAUUAAACUAAUAUGAUUAAAUUAUGUCAUAAAGAAAUUGUUAAACUGAAAGAUAAUAGAAAGGGAAAUCAAAAGAAAAAAGUAAAGUUUAAUUGGAUGUUUAUUAAGUAUAGCAUUUUAUUUAAGAAUUAUUAGAUUAAGAAUAAAUAGUAAUAAUCAAUUUAUUCUGUUCCAAGUUCUUCUAAUUUUUAAGGUAAAGGAAUAAGUACAUGUUCUGCAUCAAUUUUAUUGAAAUCUCUUUCAAAAAAGUCUAUGGAUAAAUCUCCUAUGGCAUCACGCAAAUUAGAAAUAAAAUAAAACCUUACGAAAUUAAUAAAUUAACAAGAAAGAGAUUUGGGAUUUUAUACCUAAAGAUGA